UUUGAAGGGAAUCAUCUUAUUAAUUAAUUUUAUAUUAGAAAAUCCAGCAAAAACGAGUGCACUAAAGCAUUGGUGAUCACAAUCCUCCAGUAGAUCAGUUGUUGGGAGAAUCCAAAUUUGCAUUUUAUAUUGUUUUCUUCUACAACAGUGUUAUAAAUGAAGUCAGCUUAUAAGAUUCACAUUUGCAUCUGUUAAAAAAAACCAAAAUCAACUAUUAAUCUUCUCAUUAUGAAAAUUUGAAUACAAGAUAUCAUUAUCGAUUAGUUAUCGGUAGGGCCGGAGCCAGAAUUUCAGGAUGGGGGAUCGAAUGAAUUAAUAAAUUAUCAUAAGAAUGAAAGGAAAAUAACAAGCAGAAUAAUAUAUUGAAAAUAAUAAUGAUAUUCUCAUAACAAGGUAAGAUUUUAUAUGAGAAAAAGAAAAUAAUCCAUAAUCGAAUUUAUUCUUAAGUUAUAGAAUGUUAUGUUCAUAACAAAUGGGCAAAUUAUACAAACAAAAAAUUAACUAUGCAAGUCAAUGUAUACUGUGGUACUCAAUAUUUUUUAAUUGAAAAAUGACUUACUAUUUGUAUUAGUAUUUUAAAAUAAUUAAUUAAUUGACUAUAUAACCAAAAAUAUUCUUAAAAUAACAAUUUAAGAGUGUAAGAACUUAAUUAACUUAAUUUGAAAGUAUAUGACUUAUAUCAAAAAGUGCAGAAUCGCUCCCAACCAGAUUUGAACCUGCACCAAUGUAUAUCGUAUUAUUCAAUAUAUUUUUAAUUGAAAAAUGACUUACUAUUUGUAUUAGUGUUUCAAAAAGAAUUAACUAAUUGACUAUAUAACCAAAAAUAUUCUUAAAAUAACAAUUUAAGAGUGUAAGAACUUAAUUAACUUAAUUUGAAAGUAUAAUACUUAUCAAAAAGUGAAAAAAUUGCUGCCAACUAGAUUUGAACCUACACAUUUCAUAUACAAGUUUAACAACCCCAUCCGCUAGACCGACAAUAGCUACUUCAAAGCAGUUUUCAUGCACUAGUAUCAGUAGUAAACAAUUAUUUUACACGUAAUCAUUCUCAAGAUUUUGUAGCGAUUUACACGUAAGUUUCAAACUUCUCAUGAGGUCAGGGUUCCCCCAAAGACCUACAUAGCUCCGCCCCUGGUUGUCGGUCCCACAUUUCAUAUAACAAGGUAUGGUAUUAUCAUCUCCGCGUUGCAAUUUAAGAAGUAUAUGGACGUGAUACGUAUCCAUCUAGUGGGUGGGAGGGCUUAAUAUGUAUCCCUUUCCAUGUUGUAUCAUCAUGGGACCAUGUGGAUGAGUAUGGAAGGAAGCAUCACCUCAUGCUUUUUUUUUUCUUUCUUUCUCUUGUGACAAAUAAUAAUAAUAUGAAUGUGUAGUUUGAUGCAUUCCUAAACAAUUAAUCGAGACCACCCUACAUACAUAAUUGCAUCACACUACUCAAUACCUUUAGCCACGUGGAGGAUUCGUCCUCUUUGAUUCUUUAUGCCCACACCAUUGUAUUUUUAUCAAUUAUACACCUUUUUUUGGGAGCUUCAUUAUUUGUGGGUGCUCCCAUAAAAUUAAAAUUAUGUAGCUAUCGUCUUUUUUUAUCUGUAUAUCCUUUAAAAAUCGCUUUUUGAUGUAUACACAUAUAAAAAAAUUACUUAAUGGAUGGUUUGAGAUCCUCGCUGUUUUUUUGUUAGCGUCCCCUUUUCUUUAUGGAGAAAUGUAAAAUCGAGUAGAUUGAGAGGGUGAAUUUUCAUUGGAGACGAUUUUAAGAUGUACUCAUAAAAAUAGACAUAUAUUAUGUAUUUAACGAUAUCACGAAAUAAAUUUUUAAUGAAUAGUAUAAAACCAAUUUUUUUUCGAUAAUGCAGAAUGAACUAUGAAAUCAACUUUGAGAUUGUUAAUUUUUUUUAGUAUAAAAACAUAACAUAGACAUGUAACAAAUUCAUGCAUAUUUUGGUCAUGUACCGAUACAGUUAACAUACAUGUAAAUUCAUACAAUUUAGUUUCAUCUUAAUAAAGUAAAAAAUCAAACUCAUUUUAGUGCGAAUUCAAUGGUUUUAUAUGAAUUCAGACUCUGGAUCCAACAAUUAUAUUAAAAAAGAAAGAAGAAUAUAAAGACUCCAUAAGUAAUAAGUUUUCACAGUAUGGAUGGAGUAUGGACCAACAAGGCAACAACUAGUCAUCUAAUUUUUUAUAUAAAUUGGAACAAGAAGAGAGAAAACACGAAACAAUAAAAAAAAUUAUCUUUUAGUUGUGAUUGUACAAAUGAAUGAUAGUUUGCGUCACAACAAGUAACUAAUGAAUAUGUUGUGUGUAAAUGUUUGACAAAUUAUGUUUCAUACAAAAUGCAAGAAUUAUAACAAUUCACUAAAAAAUUUGUUGAAACUAAACAACCUCCAAAUUUCUCGUGUUUCUGUCUACCAUAUAUAAACAUUAUAUUAUUUCUAAUAAAAAUCAUUCAAAGCCUCUCGUCAUAUUUAGUUUAACGAUGUUUUUAGUGCUCAAGUUGAUCUUGAAAGCAUUAAAUUUUUAAUGAAGUUAUCCUUUGAGUCUAGCGAUUUUGUGACGAGACUAUCACCAAUGUCAUAAGCCGUCAACAAUUAUAUCAAGCCCUGCAAGUGUUUCGCUUAGCGUUCCAGUUUCAUUGAGGGUUAAAAGAUCAGCUUACCGGUUCACGGAGUCAAAACUCGACUUCUUGAAAGCAAAUCAAUCCAUAAACUUGAGAUGGAUUGCCUUUUGCUUCUUCGAAAACUUACACGAGAAACACGCUCGGAUCUAAAAAUCGAAGAGUUGUGUGCUGAGAUCAGGGAUGAAGCCAAGCGAGUCAGAGAAGUCCGUUUUCUAUUUCCGGGGUCGGGACUGCAAUAAACCGGCCUAUUUGUUAGCCCAUACCCUUUCUAAUUGGGAGUCUGCAGAAGUAUGGACUACCGCCCUCCAUCUUCUUAAUUCCUCUGUUAUAGAACGACCGUAAACUAUGCGUGCGGCUCAAUCAAUAUACCGAGGAAGUUUAUAUAAAAAGGGGUAAACGCCACACUUGGUCACUGAGAUUACUAAAUCGUGUUAUGUUUAGUCACUAAAAAAAAUGGGUUAAUGGAGUUGGACGAAAACUAACGAGAGAGUGACUAAUUGUGACAUGUUUCAGUAAUUCGAGUAAACCAAAAUUGAUAUUAAUUUUUUUUAGUGACUAAACACAACAAGAUUUAGUAAUCUCAGUGACCAAGUGUGACAUUUACCCGGAAAAAAGUAACUAAACCCUUCAUUAAACCAUUGAAUUUAUUUUUACUUUUCUCUUAUAUUUGUCAUAGCCCAAUUGAAAUGUGAAAGAAAACCCAACAAAACACAGAAGCUGUCAGAUGACAUAAUAAUAGCUCUCCCUCUCUAGCUAGUAAGAAAUAAGUAAGACAUAGAUAUUGAAUAUCCAUACAUUAAUGACUUUCCUCUGUUUUCUCAAUAAUUUCCUUCCCCUGCUCCCUUCUUAAUAGAUUCUUUCACAGUCUUCACAGAGAUCCGCCCCUCGUGUGCUCCUCUUUCCCCUCCAUUCAAUUCUCCCCAAAAAUAACAUUUUCCUUAUCAAUUCCUCAACAUUUAUCCCUUUUCCCCACUUUUUCCGAUUAAUAUUAAGGAAAAACAAAUCAAAAAAUUCCAUGUAUAAAAAAAAAUCCCCCUUCUUAUAAUGUAUAUACACAAACACCAAAUCCUCCUCCUCCCUCACUCACUCUCCUCCCAAGUAGAAACCUUUUCCUCCCCAUUUCCUCCAAUCUCUCUCCCAAAACCAAAAAAACAAGAAGAAGAAGAAACCCACUAAUCAUGAUUACUACCCAUUACCAUUACAGCGAUGAAACCCUCUUCGUCUCCCUCCUCUGCCUCUCCUUCCUCUCCUUCAUCCUCAUCCACCGCCGCCGCGCCCGCCGCCACGGCCUACCGCCGGGGGGCCAGGGGAUCCCUUUUGUCGGCGAGACCCUCCAGCUCAUAUCCGCCUACAAGACCGAGAACCCGGAGCCCUUCAUCGACGAGCGAGUGGGCCGAUACGGCCCAGUCUUCACGACCCACGUCUUCGGCGAGCCCACCGUCUUCUCGACCGACCCGGAUGUGAACCGGUUGAUUCUCCACGGGGAAGGGAAGCUGGUCGACGUCAGCUACCCCGGUUCGAUCUCCAAUUUGCUCGGCAAGCAUUCGUUGCUUCUGAUGAAGGGCAGCCUCCACAAGAGGAUGCAUUCCUUAACCAUGAGCUUCUCCAACCCUUCCAUCUUGAAGGACCACCUCCUCUUCGACAUCGACCGGUUGGUCCGUCGCAACCUCCGGUCCUGGUCCGACCGGGUCCUCCUCAUGGAAGAGGCCAAGAAGAUAACGUUCGAGUUAGCGAUGAAACAGCUGAUGAGUUUGGAUCCGAGCGAGUGGACGGAGAGGGUGAGGAAAGAGUACGUGCUUGUGAUUGAAGGCUUUUUCACUGUCCCUCUCCCUCUCUUCUCCACCACUUAUCGCCGAGCGAUUCAAGCGAGGACGAAGGUGGCGGAGGCGUUGAGUUUGGUGGUGAGGGAGAGGAGGAAAGAGGUGGGGGUGUCGUCGGCGGGAAGGGAAGAGGAGAAGGACAAGAAGAAGAAGAAUGACAUGUUGGCGGCGCUUUUGGCCGGCGACGAGGGGUUCUCCGACGAGCAGAUAGUGGAUUUCCUGGUGGCUCUGUUGGUGGCGGGAUAUGAAACGACGUCGACUAGCAUGACCCUUGCCGUCAAGUUCCUAACGGACACUCCCCUGGCUUUGGCCCAACUCAGGGAGGAGCACGAUCAGAUCAGGGCAAAGAAGAAGGAAGGAGAGGCUCUGGAGUGGAGCGAUUAUAAGUCCAUGCCCUUCACUCAAUGUGUUGUUAACGAGACCCUGAGAGUGGCCAACAUAAUCGGCGGGGUGUUUAGGCGAGCCAUCACGGACAUACCUGUCAAAGGGUACGUAAUUCCCAAAGGAUGGAAGGUGUUUGCCUCAUUUCGAGCUGUGCAUAUGGACCAGGAUCACUUCAAAGAUGCUCGAACUUUUAACCCCUGGAGAUGGCAGAACAACUCAGGAGCAGCAAGUCCUGGGAAUGUGUACACUCCGUUCGGCGGAGGGGGUCGACUCUGCCCAGGUUAUGAGCUUGCCAGAGUUGAACUCUCUGUGUUCCUUCAUCAUUUAGUCACUCGUUUCAGUUGGGAGCCGGCUGAGGAAGAUAAGCUGGUGUUCUUUCCGACAACCCGAACGCAGAAGCAGUACCCUAUCAACGUCAGGCGACGAGACCAGGACCAAGCAGUGUAGAGAUAUUGAGAUCUGAGAGUGAAGCAGAGGUAGUAGAAUGUGAGAUCAGGUUGUAAUUCCUUUUGCAAUAAUAAAAAAUUCCCAAAUAGAAAAAAUAGAGUUAGCAGCAUCUGUAAAUCAAUCAAUCAAUCAUCAUCACCACCAGUAUCCUAAAGAAACGAUUUGCAAUGAAAUAUAAAAUCAGUAGUUGAGUUGAGGGGAGAUGGGGAUCAUGAUCCAAGUGCCCUACAAGCCGCUAGCAAUUCGAUGGCUCCACUUUUUUGGUUUUAUAAGGAGAUGGUAAUGAUUCUAUGCAAAAGGGGACGAUGAGUAGGAUAUGCAGUUAAGAAACCUCCAGAACUGCCAUUGUGAAUAAACAUUAUGAUUGAGU